AUGACAGACAACAAUGCUCGCAGCCUCGAGACUGCGAAUGGAGAGACAAGCGAUGCCAGUGUCGGCGAUGUAGAAGGGUACACCUCAGUCAAACAUGGCCAAAAGCCAGACUCGUCCAUCUCACCAUCAUCUAAAAGAUUCACACGUCUGGCAUGCAACAGGUGCCAUAGCCACAAGUUACGUUGUGUCCGCUCGGACAUGUUCAGCAAUUCCGAGGGUUGCGAAAGAUGCUUCAGAGCCAACACAAAAUGCGUAUACGGAACGCCAAUGCGAUUGGGACGACCUCCAUGCACAAGUAAUGCGAACCAAACGGGAAACAACAAAAACAAUGGGGAUGGAGAUGUUGGUGACAGCAGUUCCAGCAACAGUGGCAGCACUUACAGUACCAACGGAGUUAUUCCCGGAAACCAACAAACCUUAUCGUCAGGCGAUAUAGUCCUGCACCAACAUCAAGAUUUGGUGGUCCACGGGAACGUAUCGCAGUCCCCGGAACCUCCAGCAAAGACAAAGUCGAAAACAAAGAAGCGAAAGGUGGGAGAUAGCUUCACUGUCCCAACCACCGAUAGUCCGACAUUGAGUUGGAGCAUUGCAGACAAUGACGUGAUGAUGCCGUUAGACGGUGAGGUGCUGGGCCCAUCGAGUACCGUGUUACACAGCGGUGGAGACCACGCGAGUACCAUUCCACAUGCGAACUACGACAAUUCCCGGGACCUGAGCAUAUUUACGACUUUCGAACCUUUACAGUGGAAUCUGCCUCACUUGAGUACCCUUCCAGGAGCAGCAGAUUACCAUGUGAACGGUAACCAACCAUUCUCUGACCUGUUCCCUGAAAGUUUUGGCAUCCACUGGCCUUCUCACGAGGACUUAUCCGGUGACAACCACACCUUUCCGAGCCUCAGUGACCAACUGAGCUCGUUUGAAUCUUCUCCGACGGAUCCGUAUGGAGACGCUACAGCCACAAUGAAUGACUGCAUUCAAGACCUGGCUGAACUCCAAAGCAUGCUUUACCGCUGCUCUGUAUCGUCUCCCGCUACGGCAGUCGGGCUUCAGGGACGCGUUGGUGAUGGUCUCGCGACCAUGAAGUUGGACAACAUCUCAACGAAUCCACUCGCAUCAACGGAAUGCCAACCCCAGGCGAUAUCCGACACACAAGCCGAUUCAAUCUUCACCACAGCUCAGGCCUUCAUCAAUAUACUCAAUCGGCUUGCGACGCAUGCCCCCGGGGCUAAUGCUGCCAAGAGUCCAAACAUCAGCCGGAAUAGUGUAUCACCAACAAAUGCCGCCGGCAUCUCUGGACAGUCCGUACAGAGCAAUCAAACCCCAUCCUCAGGCUCAGCAUCAGGCGGCCAAUACAAUGCGACUUUCUUCCUGGUGCUGACAUGUUACCUCCGACUUCUCAACAUCUGCGAUCCCUUCGUAUCUGACUUGCGCUUACGACUGCAAAACUCAAACAUCACUGCGCAGCCCACCGCGGCCGGGGACCUGCCCAGCCUCCGACUCGGCCAGUUUACGCCGCCAGCCUCAAGCGAACUGCAGAUCCUCUUGUUGGUGCACGCCAUACGCCAUCUGCUCGAUCGCAUCGACAAGGGCAUCAUGACAUGCUUUCCCUUGGAGAUGGAGGCGGGCGCCGCCCUGACACAAGAGUCUGCCAAUUGUGCAACAGGCGAUCCGAAGCGUCGCAUACACGUGGUUGCCAUGCAGUUCACGCUGAAAGAGAUUCAGAUGCGGGAGGAUAUCCUGCACAGGGGGGUAGCAGGGGUGACGGAUAUGCUGAAGGAUUCAGCACUGCUCUGA